AUGGCUUUUGCACGUGGACAGGAUGCCCUUGAACAGCAGUUGCAGGAGGAGCGUCUUGCGAGGCUUUGUGAUGACAACGCGUUCGUCAAUGUCGAGGAGGUGUUGAAGCGGCAGCGCUGCGCCGGGGCGGCGGUGGGCGCUGCCGACGUAGAGGUGAACUUUUUAGAGCCUAGUGGCACCCCGUCUGCCGCACCGCCGCGCGUUCACCUCAGCCGUUGCCUGAUGGAGCAGCAUCGCGCCUACCUCAAGGCGUUUGACGGUGAUCGGCGCGAUCACAAGAAGGAGGAAGGCGCGUCUUCGACCGUCUCCUCCUCCGCGGCAUCAUCGGAGGCGGAUGGGGUGGAUACCACCACAAACCGCGGCAAACGGGCCCGCGAUGGUGAGCGUCAGUCUAGUGAGAGGAAGAGGCGCGUAAGAGGGGAGUUGCAUGGCGGCAGCGUUCCCGUCCGUGGAGUGUCGUUCGACGGGGUGCAACCUCUUGGCGACGUCGGGCGAGAGUGCCAUAACUUAAGUGCGUGGUGUCAGUCACGGCGACGUUUCCCGUCGGAGCCGUCGGUGCUGCCUGCGCCAAGCUACGCGGCAAUGGCGGCGCCCCCGCCGUUACACUCAGGUGGGUACCAUCUGUGCGCAGUCUGCCUUCUUCCCGCGAGCUACAGGUGUGUGCGGUGCCGCAGAGCGCUCUUCUGCUCCAUUGGCUGCCACGUGACGCACGACGCAACACGGUGCAUGAAAUUUAUUGUAUGA